AUGAAUCGGAAGCUCGAUUCGGCUUUCUUGUUCUUGUUAUAAAACCUUGGUGAAGAACGAAACCGAUUUGAUCCCCCAUAUACCCACGCCAUCAUCUUCUUCUUCUUCUUCUACCCUAAACCUCUCUCUCUCUCUCUCGCAUGGCAGCUCUCAUUAGAAACCUUCGGUCCGGGAUUAGUCUAUCCAACCCUUCACUCGUUCCCCCACCCUUAGUCACAAGUUGCAGAGGAAUCGUUUCGAAGCUUUUCGUUGGAGGAUUGUCAUUUUACACCACAGACAAAAUAUUGGCCGAGUCAUUUUCUCAGUUUGGUCAAGUUGUUGAAGCUAAGGUUGUGAUGGAUAGAGUCUCGGAUAGAUCGAAAGGAUUUGGAUUUGUAACUUUUGCAUCCGAAGACGAGGCUUAUAGAGCGGUGACAGAGAUGAACGGAAAGACACUGAAUGGGCGAAUCGUUUUUGUGGACUAUGCAAAGCCUCGGUUAGGCGAAAAACUUGGAAUGCCAAUUGCAAGAGGACCCCCUGAACCGAAAGUUGAUGAUAAUUGAAUACUCUUGCGAAGAUACAGAUAUAGUGAAACUCACAUUGCAGGAAGUAUUAAUUCAAGCACAAAGUGAAUGGUACACCCAUGUGCAUCACUCAGACAGCUCCCGACCGUACCAAUGAAAAACACAGAAAAGAAGAAGAUAGCUUGACUUUUUAGAAUGAAGAGAACAAGGAACGGGUAUUCUCAUGUGGCACUUAAUGUAGAUCUAUCGCUUUGCAGAUUUUAUCAUAGUCUACUGUUGUAAGAAUGAUCUGUUGUGAUCUAAAAAGUAUGCUAUUGGGCAGUUGAUCCA